AUAAAAGGGUAAUCGGAAUAAUGAAGAUGAGAGUGAUAAAUCCAAAGAAUUUGUACUUGCUGGUUAUCUUGAGCAUGCUAGUCCUAUCUCUAUCAGCUAGAAGAUUCCCUGAUGCAGAUGAAUGUGACUCAGAUGUGCAAUGUAAUCCUCCUUACACCUCCUGUAGAGGAGGAUAUUGUGAACACAAGGGUGUCUUUCCUAUACUUGGUUCAGAGUUUGCCACUGCAAUAAUCGUCCUCCUUACCAUUGGUCUAGGUAACGCAGUUGGUAUUGGAGGUGGUGCAAUUAUAGUCACUUCCUGCCAUGUUUUACUUAGAUUGACUAUGCUCCAGUCCGUUGCAGUAGCCAAUAUGACUAUCUUUUGGGCAAUGUUUUCUGGCUUCCUCGUUAAUUAUACAAAGAAGCAUCCUUUGAAGAAUGCGACUCUUGUAGAUUAUUGAAUCGUACAAUGCCAGUUACCACUGAUAGGAAUGGGAACUUUCAUUGGAGCACAGGUUAAUGAAUGGCUCCCAGAUUUAGUUAUGUCAAUCUUUCUGUUUCUCUUACUCCUCUUCAUCACAUUCCAAAGUAUCAUGAAGGGUAUCUCAAUGAUGAACAAAGAGGAUCAUCUCUUUCUUAGACAAGGAGAACUCUAUCAAGAAAGAGCUAGGAGAGUCAAAGAAUCUAGGAAAGAAGCAGUCAGAGAUGCAAGAAGAUCUCUUUCAGCAACUGCAAAGGCGUCGUUACUGGAGACCAAUAAAGAAAAUCAUACUGGGAUCAAUGCUAGCAUCGCUUCUUCUGAUAGGGACUCCAUUGCACUGAAGAUGAGCCACAUGGAAGAAAUUAGAGUUGACAGAAAAGAAGAGAGGAAAGAAGGUGUUGUAGAUUUUGAUGAUGAAGACAUCCCUCCUCUAGACCUUAUGGAAGCACUCGGUGCAGAGAAAGCCGACUAUACUGAUGAUGAAAUCAACCCAACUCUUGAGGGCAUCUUUUAUGGCGAGCAAAAUCAUAUUACAAUCGAUAAAGGGUUACUAGUAGCUUUCCCAGUGUUGACCAUUACCUUGAUUACCGUAUUUAGAGGAUCAAAAUCUCUUAAAUCUAUUAUUGGAGUGGAAAGAUGAAAUGCUGUUGAUUUCGUACUAUUCGGAUUAGAAGUUCUUAUCCUCUUGAUCUUCUCAUGUAUCUGUCUUUUCCUCUUGAAGAAGAACCACACAGCUAGAAAACAAGCAGGAUACAAAUUUGUCAGAGGAGAUAUUGAAUGGGAUGAAGCUCAUAUGGCUGCCUUUGCAAUACUAGCUUUCGUCGGAGGAUUUGUUACCGGAGCUGCUGGGCUAAGUACAGAAGUUCUAUUGACUCCGUUUUAUAUUAAGUUUGGAGUGAUGCCUUCAGUGGCAGGAGUGACUUCUCAGUACAUAGGAAUGUGGGCGACUCUCUCAGGUUCCAUCCUUUUCUCAGUAAUGGGAUACAUGCAUUUCGAAUUCGGUUUUUGGCUUGGAUUCUUCGCUAUUAUUGGAACUGUUUUCGGUAGUGAGGCUGUUGGAAACUACAUCGGUAGAAGAGGCAAGCUCUCUGCUGUUAUGUGGAUCAUUGGUUUCCUUGCUUUUGUCAGUCUUCUAGCUGAAGCAGCCACUUCUAUACAAAAGGCUAUAGGUAAGAAAAUGCUAAAACUUGACAACAAAGGAAAAAACAUAUGGGCAUUUGGAGAUUAUUGAAACUAAUAUUAUCAUGCUUUGUUUCAACACAAA